AAACGUCAUUCAUACUCAUCUAUUCCUCUGUUUUUUAUCAUUUAUACACGUUUGGGGGCCAAAGCAAGCGGACUGCGGUGGGUUGGUUUGAAAUGAGGGUAUCAACUCGAAAUAUUGGCAUGGCCGCGAUAGUAGCAGUGUUUCUGGUUCUAAUCAGAGAAUGGUAUACCUAUUAUAAAACAAGUUUUGCAAGCUUCCAUUUUACAGUAAACACCCCGCGUCCUCAUUUUGUGGAACCAAACACAACUUGCGUUUCCUUCGAUGUUGCAUUGGGAAAUACGUUGCGAAGCGUUGCCAAGAACAUUCUGGAUGUGCAAAAAGACUUUGAUGCUACAGAACUUAACUCAUAUUUAUUAGGUUUUCAAUUUAAUGAAGUGAAUGGUCUAUUAAAUUUUAUUGGUCAGGAUACGAUCAGUAGACCCAGUCCACCACCACAAGGACCAGUUACUAACGCAAAAAGCCAAGAGGUUUGCCCUGAAAAGUUCGCUGGAAAAGAUUUGGGUUAUGGUAAACCAUAUUAUCGUUUAGGCUAUGCUCGCGUCAAAUGUGACACCUUUGUCCCUAUUAAUCAACUGGUAACCCUACUAAUGUACGUCCCACGUGAACAUCCUAAACCUGCCAUGAGUUACCUUAGCAUGAUGACAACAAUCUCCAAUGACUAUCCUGAAGUGCCGGUUAUUUUAGCAACUGAGAAAGAGUUGAAUAAGGAAACUAUAAGAAAAAUAUCCGGCCUAAAAAUAAAGUUCAAAAAUGAUGUGAUCAAAGGAAAUAAAGGAAGCAUGUGGGCAAAAUUACUUGAGCAAGUGGCAACACCAUAUGUAUUAAUAGCACCUUAUCUAACCCACUUUGAUGAUGAUAUUGAUUUGUAUCGAUUGCUGCGAGUUUUAAGCUAUCGUGAUGACAUAUCAGUGGCAGGAGGAAGUUAUCGGAAUUUAACGGGACAUUGGGAACUUGGAUGUCGACAGUUAUCCUUCAACUACUGGACGGCUAAGUACACUGCAGGAUAUCAUAGGUCCUUUAAUGAAUGUGUGGUAUGCGAUUUCCUCCCAGGACCAUUUGCAGCCAAAACAGAAUGGUUGCGAUCACUGAAGUUUGAUACAAGUCUUUCAGAAGGAGUAUUUCAUGACCUCUUUUGGAGAUUUAAAAAAGAACGGAACCUCGCUGUCGUAUGUGCAGAUGUAAUGUUCAAUAUGGACACACAACUCAUACCCAACGAAGCAUUGGUAGGCUUGGCUAACAAGCAUAGCAUCAAGAAGAUUAUUACCAGCGAUGGCACGGUGAAAUGGUAUGGCUGUAGACGUGGUCUGAACUAUACCAAUAAGAUUGGGUGUUUAUGGAAGAAUGGUAUUGGAGUACCACCAUGUGACCUCUGGAAUUUAGGUGAAGUGGUAAAAUUUAUAAUGCAAGCUUGCGAAGACGAGAAAAUAGGAUGUGAAUACGCUGCUGGGGAUAUAGUAGGUGCCGUGCACUUUGGUUCUACACAUGCUUGGAGCAAAAACGCCGUAAUUUAUUUCGAAAAAAAGUACUUCGAAGCCUUCGAAAAAAUUCGCCCAAAGUUCGAGAACGCUGGUUUUUCAUUCCAGUCGAGCAAAUCUGGAACAACAGGUUUUACUAUAUCAACUAAAAACUGGCAAGUUAAUAUGUAUGCUCGUGAAUCACUCGAAGACAGUCAAAUGUCACAACAGAAUCAACUACCUACUAAAAUUCGCAUAGGUAAGGACUGGGUUACGGUUCCGCGAAAUCCGGGAAGGUUGGCACGAGGAAAAUUUCUCGCUCAGUAUUUUAGUAGUUCGGAGUAUCUUCGGAAGAAGUCGUACUAUCCACCCGACGCUCCUGCAAAAUGCCCAGACCCAGAUCAUUCAGCAUGCUUGGAUCAAUAUCCGAUUGGUGGCAAUGUGCAAUUUCUAGACAAUGUACCAUAAUUGCAACUUUAGUCUAUUUAAACUGUAGUAUUUAAUAUUUAAUCUUUUACUAUU